CGCACUCGUGCUCGGCCGGGGGACGGGACCAUGCCCGGCUCCGCGGGGUAGCGCCCCGCCGGCGCGGAGUCCAUACAGUAUUUCAUCAACGUUACUGCUUUUGAACAUCAUCUGAAAGGAUUCCAAACCCUUCUCCAGUAAGAUAAACACUGUUCUGCAAUGACUACAGCAAGAUAUAGGCCUACCUGGGACUUGGUACUCGACCCAUUAGUGUCCUGCAAGCUCUGCCUUGGAGAAUAUCCUGUGGAGCAGAUGACAACAAUAGCACAAUGCCAAUGCAUCUUCUGUACCCUGUGCCUAAAACAGUACGUGGAACUUCUGAUCAAAGAAGGUCUAGAAACAGCAAUCAGCUGCCCUGAUGCUGCCUGCCCAAAGCGAGGCCAUCUGCAAGAGAAUGAGAUCGAGUGCAUGGUUGCAUCAGAAAUCAUGCAAAGGUAUAAGAAGCUGCAGUUUGAAAGAGAAGUGCUUUUGGAUCCGUGUCGGACUUGGUGUCCAUCCUCUACUUGCCAGGCAGUUUGCCAACUCCAGGAGCCAAGCCCACAAGACCCCCAGCUGGUCCAAUGCAAAGCCUGCGACAUUGAGUUCUGCUCUGCUUGCAAAUCUAAUUGGCAUCCAGGUCAAGGCUGUCAAGAGAACAUGCCAAUCUCUUUUCUUCCAGGAGAAACGAGUUCAGGUUUUAAAGUGGAAGAAGAUGAUGCUCCAAUCAAACGCUGUCCAAAGUGUAAAGUUUACAUUGAACGAGAUGAAGGCUGUGCCCAAAUGAUGUGUAAGAACUGCAAACAUGCCUUUUGCUGGUACUGUCUGGAAUCUCUUGAUGAUGAUUUUCUCCUAAUACAUUACGACAAAGGACCUUGCCGAAACAAGCUGGGACACUCCAGGGCAUCUGUUAUCUGGCACAGGACACAGGUGGUAGGGAUCUUUGCAGGAUUUGGUCUUCUGCUUUUGGUGGCCUCCCCUUUCCUUCUACUUGCUACGCCAUUUGUUCUGUGCUGCAAGUGCAAAUGUAAUAAAGGAGAUGAUGACCCUCUACCUACCUAGACAGAGAAGAUUGGACUCAACACAACGUGUGUUUUGAUUUUAUUGUUGCUGUUGGUGUUUCCCUCUUGCACUUACAUUGCUGUAGUCUUAUGUGCCCCGUUCUGCUUUUCAUUGACACAGUCUUGGUUCCGGGAGCUGUUGUUACUACUGUUGUGUAGAUCAAUUGAUAAUAGACAAGGAAGGUAAUGGAAAGCAAGUUUGGUGCUAAAAGGAGACCGUGGACCCAGGCAGCUGUCUGAGAUGAAGAGGUAAUACUGCUGAAAUCAAUGCAAAAAGUUUCUGUUGCCCUGCUGGUGGACUUGGGACUGUCCUGAAUGGCAUCAGCCAAACAAGCUGAAAAUGCCUACAAAUCUAAACUCUCUGCUUAUCUGUUUGCUUCAAAAUUUGGUGUCUUAUUGCUGUAUAUAUUUAAGUUGCCUAGCAUGUAAAUCAGAUAGUCAACUUAGUAUGACUUUACGGUGUUUAUUACACAUCUCUUUUUUUGUUAAAGCCAUCACAAUGUCCUUUUCAGUACAUAUUUUUCCAAGUAUAACAAAAUCAAUAAGGUGCAUAUAGGCCAUCCUAUGCCUUUCUUGACAUUGGGUAUAGAAGGACAAAGUUGGUCCUGUUGCCUUCCAGGAAUUUUUUGAAGUCUUGUAAGGCAUUUGUUUGAUGGAAAGCUAUAUUUUAAAAACGAAUUGAUGAAGCUGUAAGGUUGAGUGUGACACAAACCUGCUAUCUAAUCUAGGUUCUUUUAAAAGUGCAUUGAUGGUAUUGAUUACCGCUGGACCACUGGUGUUUUUCUGAAUUGUUAUUUUUCUGCUGUUGGUUAGGGUUCUGCUACAAUUACAGGGCUACAUAACUUCUAAUCCAGGUAUCUUAAUCUUUUUAUAUAGAGAUAUAUAUAUACAAUCCUAUUUAAACCAAAUGUGUAAAUAGCUGUGCUAUUGAAAUAUUUUGGAAGUUCAGGAUAGCUCGCUUCUGUCUUUAAGGCGAUUAUUAAAAAAUACAGGACUCAUUUUACUAUUUAGUAUCCCCUUGAGUUAAGAGUGAAUCUUCCCUUUUAAGUAGAAAAAGACAUAAGGGUUUUCCCUAUAGUUAAUAAUAAAAAUGCCUGGGAUACUUGUGGAAGUUGUACUUCACGCUUAAACUCCUUAGCCCAUUUUCAGAGUUAGUCAUAUGGUGUAUGGUGUAUGCUUUUAAUAAUAAUACUGUGACAAAACGAGUUUUCAUUUGAAAAAUAAUCACUUGAUUUGGUAGUUUUGCGGAAUCCAGUGCUGUGUUUCCAGGGUAGUAAAGCGUGCGAGCCAACCUACUAUUAAUUGUUGUUGUUUCUCUUUAGAAUUAAGUUGUUGAAAACCAUUUUGCUCUGAUUUUAAAGCCGACAAGAAUUGGACUGAUAACUUCUUGCCAUGAAAUAUUAAGCACCCAAAACAACGUGUAUGCCUCUGUGUGGUACUGAAGGAAAACGUGCUUUUGAACGGCUUAUGGACUAAAGUUUGACUGCGUCUUUUUACCAUUUAUUUCGGUGCGUUAUCAGUGUAUCGAGAUGGAUGAAUAUGUUGAAGCCAGGGCACCUGUGCACUGAAAAUGUAUAAAGACCGACAAAUGCAACUGCUUCUGGCUGCUGUCACAGGCUAGCAAUGUGUUUUCAUAGCUCAAGCAUAAGGAAAUGACUCCUUUCUUUAUUACCUUUUGGAGUUUUUUUUACUGUCUGUUAAAUAAAAAGACUGCAGGGUACAAUUUUGAAAAGGGCACUGUCUUUUUAUAAAACUGCUCUUGAAUUUUUUUCUCUCCCUUCUUCCAAGUUUAAUGGUGUCUCAAUUCAAACUUUCUAACCACAGGUUUUUGGCUCUGGGAGCUGGAGGUUAUCUGCAAUUCACUUAUUUGGCUUGGUUUAAUGAGUUCAGCCAUUACAGUGUGAAGAAGAAGGGCAGCUGGUUUCCAGCACUCUGAACCCCUUGCGAUAUCUUCAGAUUCUUCAUGGCAAUGCGCAGUUUAGAUCUUUCUAAUACCUGAUUUUGUUAUCACAUAUUUUUAUCAUAUUAACUCUCUUUGCUAUUAAGAAUCACUUAGUUGUUAAAAAGCACGUGUAGGAAAGUCUGGGUAGCGCGUUCGAUCGCUGUUUGCCACCCCCCAAGGGGUGUGAAGCCGUGCUGAGCGCAGCGCGCAGGAAGGGGUUCUGGGUCCAUCUCCGCAGGGCACCCUGAGCCGAGCACCCAACUGCUUCCCUGUCGGAGCUGCAGGGUGCAGAGGCGACGGAAACCCUUCUGCUGAGGACCACGGCUUGGAGGUAAGCUUGAACGAGGACCUUUCAGCCUUGGCCCUGUCUUUCUGUUCGAACUGGAGAGAAAAAAGACUGGACAGCGCGACGUAAAGACUUCAUGGGUUGUUCAUUUUUUAAUUGGGAGCACAAAGGGGUUUUGCUGGGUGUGGCAGUGGCUCCAGUGACUGAUGCACUACUGGGAUGAUGGUAAAGAGCCGAGGAGCUCUCGGCUGAGAGCUGACAGCACUGCUGACAGUGCUGGAGUGUCCUGAAGGAAGGUAUAUUCAAUCCGUGCCUUUCUUAGAGGCGGCCUUUACAUGGCAAUAUUGUGAAUCAUAGAGUCAUAGAAUGGUUUGGGUUGGAAGGGACCUUAAAGCCCAUCCAGUUCCACCUCCUGCCAUAGGCAGGGACACCUCCCACUGGCUCAGGCUGCCCAAGGCCCAUCCAACCUGGCCUGGAACCCCUCCAGGGAUGGGGCAGCCACAGCUUCCAGAGUUUUGCGCAGUGCUCUGUGGCCAGUUCAACGUUAAAACUAAUGCACUUCCAGAUUAAAAAAAAAAAAAAAUCCUUUACAAAUACGGAUGUUUUUAAAUGAUAUAUUUUAAUUAAGGCUCACAGGUAGCAUAAUAUAUGAUCAGAAGACUGUACUCCUCUGUCAGUGCAUCCGUCUCCAAUCUCAACUUACUUGAAUUGCUACUGGGGGUUUUGACAUGUCUUGUUUCACAUCCUGGCUGGUAGGAUAGGCUGUGUGCUGACACACAUUUCCCAAAUCCCUAUUCCUUUCAGGUUUACUAAAUGUCAUUCCAUCUGUAUUCUUCUCGGGGAUUUUUUUGUUUAAGUUUAUUUUUACUUUUUGUAAUACUGUUUCAUUUCCAAAGUAGCAGCUUCUGGUGGUGAUGUAUUGAGUUUGAGGUGGUUUUAUGUUACAGUGUAUUUUGAUAGUGUGACAUUUAAUACCCUGAAAUUGAAUUGUAAAUACAUAGUUUUAAUCUCUGACAUUUAAACCCCCUGCCAUGGAAAAGCAAAUGUUUGUGUCUGCUGCUCUUCAGAUGAAAUUCUGUUACAACAGCUUUGGCUUUCUAGAUUUUCACCAGGAAAAUGAGAUUCGCUGCAUGAUUUCUGUUGCAUUUCUCUGGUUAUGCUAUUACGUAGGCUUUUUUGCAUUGUCUUAAAACCUAUUUUUAAUAGAGUCGAUAACAGUACAUAAUUUGCAAUUUCUGUUACGAUAAGGUGGAAUCCUUACUCGCGAGCAUGAGGAGCCCACGCUCCAGAGGUGUUGCAUCUCCCCGUUCGUUAGUUGGGCUGAAGUCAGUCCUGAGAGAGAUCAGUAACGUUGAGUAUUCCCCAUGUGGCUUUGGACAAGUCACUUACCUCCUCUUCUCCCAAUUUAACCAUCUUCCAAACGAAUGGACCAAUGUUAACCUACCUCACAGGAGGGCUGUGAGGGCAAGCUCAUUGGUUUGGAAAUUCUGGAAGAUUCUGUGAUGAAAGAGUCUAUAUAAAUGCUUACUGUUAUGGUAAUAUUCCAAUUUUAUUCAUGUUGGCGUUCAUUUUGAAACCUCCUCCUACUGACUUUAGCAUGCCAAGGACUUGAGAUGCUUCCCCCUCUCCAAACCAAGCAGCAAAUACUCUGCAUUAUGAACUGGGCAAGAUCUCCAAUAAGAGCUGACCGGGUCGACUCGCAGCGUACAGCUCAUCUCCAGACGUGCAGGAAACGCAAUCAAAAUUAGUGAAGAGCUGACAGGGUAAGAUAUCACAGAUCAGAAUAAGAUGAAGUGCUUUUGAUUUAAAAUUGUUAUGAGCAGGAAGAUAGAAAUGCAGUUUUGUGCAUUCCAUCUGUAGGCCUUUUACUGAAUAGGAAUAAGUCUAUUUAAUGCCAGCCGUUCUCAUCCCAGUGAGGUGCCGCAUGUAUAAAGCUUUGUGCAGGUUUGCUUUCUUUUAAAAACCAAAGUUUAUCCAUUUCAAAUACAUGAUCCAAAAUCCUGAAGAAAACAGAUAGCAUACGGUUUUGAUGACAGAGAUGUUAAAGACAUCAAAAAAGCCUGCACUGGUGCUUAAUUGCUAAUGAACUCCUACUAAGUAAGGCAUGCUGUUUGUGUUUAGAGCCCUGUGGUCUUCAUUAAUGCUUUGAUUUGUGUCUCUCUCUUAAGAGUUCCCGAAACAUUAGGUACAGGUGCGUGGUACAAAACCGAACCUUUCUUGAUCAUUUUAUUAUGGAUAUAUUUUAAACUUGUAUAGGGACAAGCAUGAAGGAGAGUCAUGCGUGUGUACAAAUAAUGUAUUUGACCAGUGUAAAAAUAGUUCUGUCGAUGUAUUUGAAAUGUAAGUACAUUUUGUGCCACUAACACUGUGAUGUAUAAAAGAGCUGCUGAAUGCCUUUUAAUGUUGUGUUUUGUACUUUGAAUUAUAUUGAAGAGUUUA